ACACAUAAAAAAAAGGCUAAAUAGUAAGAGUUGAGAGACAAAGAUAGAUAGAUAGACACUACUACACACAGUGUAAGAGAAGAAAGAAAGAGAGAAAAAAAGUAGCAGUAUAUAGUUGAGAGAGAAAUUAGAGAUAGAGAAAGAAAGAGAUAGAGAUGGUGGGCUCAGGAGCAACAUCUGAUAGGAGCAAAGAAGCUGUUGGGAUGAUGGCCCUUCAUGAGGCCCUCAGAACCGUCUGUCUUAACUCUGACUGGACUUAUUCUGUCUUCUGGACUAUUCGUCCUCGCCCGUAUCUCUCUCUCUCUCUCUCUACAACUUCCAUUCUUUCUUUCUUACUUACUUACUUACUUACUAUAUCUCUCUUUUUUUUUCUCAUCUGGGUCUUGUCCAUUUCUUGCAGUAGAGUUCGAGGUGGUAAUGGCUGCAAGGUUGGCGAUGAUAACGGUAGCUUGAUGUUGAUGUGGGAAGAUGGAUUUUGUAGAGGAAGAGGUUCAUCAUCAGGUUGUGUUGAAGAUAUUGAUGGAGAAGAUCUUGUUAGAAAAGCUUUCAGCAAAAUGUCCAUUCAGUUGUAUAAUUAUGGAGAAGGGUUGAUGGGGAAAGUUGCAUCUGAUAAGUGUCACAAAUGGGUCUUUAAAGAGCCAACAGAAUGUGAACCUAACAUCUCUAACUACUGGCAGAGUUCAUUUGAUGCUCUUCCUCCUGAAUGGACAGACCAAUUUGAGUCAGGCAUUCAGACCAUUGCUGUAAUCCAAGCUGGCCAUGGUCUUCUUCAACUUGGUUCUUGCAAGAUUAUUCCUGAGGAUCUUCAUUUUGUCCUAAGAAUGAGGCACACAUUUGAAUCAUUAGGCUACCAAUCUGGUUUCUAUCUCUCACAGCUUUUCUCAUCAACGAGGAACACUUCUUCAUCAGCUUCACUUCCUUCAAAACCAUCUUCCACCACUCUUCCAAUUAGGCCACCUCCACCACUCUUCAACUGGGGUCAGAGACCACUGACCUCUCCUUCAUCCAUGCUAUCCUCACCCAACUUCCAACAACAUGCAGCUAGGCUUGGUUUUCCACAAACCAAAGAUGAAACUCACAUGUUUCUCAUGCCUCAUGCAUCAUCAUCACAUGAUCAAACCCCAAGAAUUGAAGACAUGAUGGGAGGAGAACAUCAUGAAAAUGACAUUAAAUGGCCAAAUGGUUUGUCUUUCUUUAAUGCGUUAACCGGUAGAGCUGAUGAUGCUAAGCUUUUGUUUAAUCCAGAGAGCUUAGGAGGAAAACAAAGCGAUCAUGAUCAUGAUCAUAAUCAUAAUCAUAAUCAAAAUCAAAAUCAUCAUCACACUCUUAAUCAAAAUCCUAACUCAGAUGGUUCAAACCCAAAUGAGUUUUUGAGCUUGGAUAGUCACCAUGAUGGUGGAAGGAAAAUGGACAAGUUUAAGAGAAGUUUCACUUUACCUACAAGAGUUGCUUCAUCAUCUUCAUCUACUUCAAUGGAUCAUCAUCAACAACAACAAGGUGUGGAGUAUAGGAAUUCAGAAGGUGGUAUGUACUCAGAUGUUAUGGAGACCUUUUUGGAGUGAAUGUUCUUGAAAAGUAUGAUUUAGAAUUUGUAUCUAGGAAAAGCUAAUGAUGUGUUUCUUUUUCAUGUGUUUGUUUUUUCACUAUUGUAUCUUUGUGUUUUCUUAUGUAUUCCUCUUAAUGAGACUUUAUUAAUGAUCAUUUGUUUCUUUCUUUUAGUUCAA